AUGAAUUAUGAAACUGAUUUUAUAUAUCCAAAUCAUUGGAAAUUCAAUUCUAUAAAUGAAGUAUCACAUAAAGUUGGCAAUAUUGCUAGUAAUAAUACCAAUAAUCAAGACGUUGAAGCCUUUAAAUCUUCAAUAUUUUUAAAAUUUGUUAUCGCAACAUAUUCAAUUUCAUUGAUAAUUUUGGUAUUCAUCAAUUAUUUUCUAUCGGGAACGCAUAACUUACCGCCAGUCAAUGAUGAUGAUGAUGUUAAUAAUUAUAUUUAUCAACCACCACAAGGAUUCAUCUAUUAA